AUGUCACCAUCUACAACCACAACAACUCGUCGUCUGCUUCGUGGUGAGAUUACCUACUCUGCAGCCAAAGAACUUGAAACCAAUGUAUUGCACUCGUUGAGCUAUUGGGAUCAGCAGAAUAGCUAUUUCGGAGACUUGCGCCGAAAGAGCCAUCUUCUUGAGACUGUGGUCGCACACCAUCUCAAUUUGGUUCCGACGAGCUGCCGCAUCGCCGAACCAAGCGAAUGGUUUUCUGGGUCGUUCAAUGUUUGCAUCCCAAUCUAUGUUGAAAACAAUCGGCGGCGCCCCAGCUUUCUACUUCGUUUUCCGCUGCCACACAGGGUUGGAGAGAACGUCAACCCAGGGAACGCUGAUGAGAAAAUUCUAUGUGAAGUUGGUACCUACACCUGGCUCCAGCAUGAUUGCCCAGAAGUCCCCAUUCCGCAACUACAUGGAUACGGGUUAUCAACGGGCCAGAAGUUUACUGCUCUCGAAAACCUGCCUUUCUUGACUCGUUCAGUCGAAGUCCUCCGCCGUCAUAUUCUAAGAUUUUUGGGAUUCCCAGUCCCAUCCAAAUAUGUGCCUCACAGCAACAAAUCGAGAGACUCCUUAGGAGUCGGAUAUCUCUUAAUUGACUACAUUAAUAUGUCAAGGGGUAGGAUGCUGUCUGCGUCAUGGGAUCAAGGGCGGCAUAAUCCUAGAUUACGGAUGAACCUCUUCCGCAGCUUGUCUGAUAUCAUGUUGGCCAGUACACGUACUCCUCUACCCAGAAUUGGUGCUUUCAUCGUGGAUGAAAAGGGUUAUCUAAGGCUCAGGAACAGACCUCUUACUUUCGAGAUUCAGGACCUGGAGAAUCAGCACGUUCCGGUCGAUAUCCCGCGCGACUUUACAUAUUCCACCGUUGACUCCUAUGUCAGUGACAUCCUUGCCUUUCAUGAGAGUCGCCUUCAUCAUCAACUGAAUGCAGUCAAUGACUUUCAAGACACCUUGUUCCAGAUGGCUGGUCUCACAGUGAUGAGAGCUGUUCGAAACUUAUUCUUCCGUCCCGAUCUCCGCCGAGGCCCGUUUUAUAUGAGCUUGACGGAUCUACAUCAAAGCAAUAUCUUUGUCGAUGAUGACUGGAAUAUCACGAACCUAGUUGAUCUUGAAUGGGCUUGUUCUCGUCCAGCAGAAAUGAUCCAUCCGCCGUAUUGGUUGUCCAACCAAUCUGUCGAUGGGAUUGAUUCUGACGCAUACGAGAGCCUGCAUAGCGAAUUCAUGCAGGCUUUUGCGGAACAAAUAUCGAAGCGCUCAUGGCAACAUGGGAACCACCCCACUGGGCUUUUUCGGAUCUUUUACGACCAUAUUCAGCCACGAUUCUUGAAGGAUCAUAUAAACGAUGCAGCAUUUUUCAAGAUUACUAUGGAUUACUGGACAUUCAAUGCAACUAGGUUCAUUCGGGAAAAGGUGAAAGAUCAAGAGAAAUACGAUCGGCUGUUGCUCGAAGCUUUGAAACAGGCUUCACCAGGCCUGACACCCACGCAUAAGUGA